GGAGAGGGUCUCCAGCCUGGUCCUUUGUCAUGGAAAGACUUUAGUGUGCUGUUUUAGAGAGAGAGAGGGGGAUUGAGUGGACUUCAGCUUCAUCACUAAAAGAUCCUAUAAGUAUGUAACGGGGACAGAAAGCAAAGGUCAGUCGCUUUUCUUUUCUUUUCCUUCAAAUUUCGCUUCAGCAGAUGCCAAACUGGCUGGUCGGUACAAAGAGUGAUGCUCCUGGAAAGUCAGGCGGCUGUGUCAGACUUAAGGUUGCGCGUUGUUUCUGUUUGUUGUACAUCUGUCUGCGUCUGUGCUUUUACAUGCUUGGAAUAAAUAAACGUGUAAAGAAAAAUAACUCUUGUAGGCUAAAAAAAAGUUUAUCUUUAUUAACUUAACGUUGCCAGAAAAUGCUGCAGCUAUUCAAAGAAAGUAGAUGACAAAAACAGCAGUGGUUAUCAGCAAGUUUCCAGACUACUCACCACAAUCCCUAUAGGUACAGUGCGCUGUGAAAUCAGGACAUUUUAAUGAUUUUUUUUAUCAUAGCAAAAAAUAAAAAAAUACAAUCAAAUCUUCUUUUUAUAUUACCUUAACCUCAAAGUUAAUGCUUUGGUUUGCUGGUCAGAAAACUUUGAAGAUUUCCUAUAUGUUAAAACACAUAUUCUACGUUAUAUUCUGGCUCUUUGUAGACCCUCUAAUUAGAUGAAAAUUAAACUAAUUGUUAACUGCAUGGGAUUUCCCUUCACUUUUUUCCCUUGCAUGGGAAUAAAAAUGACUGAGGCAUAAGGCGACGGCAAUUUCAGCACGUUAGGGCCUUAAAAAGCAGUGUGAAAGUAUUCCUUUCCUUGUUGCCACACAUUAGAUGAAAGCCAGCUUAUCAGUGGUCAUUCCUCAAACUGUUUACAUCUCCUUGUGUGUUUAUGAUCUGCACCUCCCUGCUGGACUGCAGCCCGAGUAAUGCAGUAAAAACUCAUGCUCUUGACACGAGACAGUUUUUCUUUUAGGUCUGGAGAAUGAACUCAUACUGAUUGAUUGUGUCACUGUGUAAAAGGAUACCCUGUUUCCUGUAGGCUCACUCUCCCUCUUCCUCCAGACAGCAGGAGCAGAAAAUCUUGGAUCAGCCAUCUCUGUCUCACUCUGUGUCUGUGCGUGUGGAUACAGGAAACGUCUGACUCUUUAAAAUUCCUCGAUAGUAUCACCAGAACCAAUAACAUCCUUACUUUUCUGUGAUCUUUGUGAGUUAUGACCUGGAGCGAGGGGAUUUGAAGAUGGAUUUCUUUCUUUUAUUUAACAUAUUUUAUUUUUGCCUUCCUUUUUCUUUUCCUCAGAGGAGAGCGCACAUCUUUAUCCCCCACUCCACCCCACUGGAAAAGCAUGAGAUUGAGGGCUGUGUGAUUAUGUUUAUAUAAUUAUCCAAUCUACUCAUUAAUUAGCCAAUUAAAUGUUUUUUCAAAGACAUGUCAAAACCUAUAAUCCAUCAAAUUUUUUACUUAAAUUUUUUUUUUUUUUUUUUUUUUUGAUUUUGUGCAUUCAGCAUGAAGUGAGUCUGGACUUCAAACUGUGUGUGAAUGACUGGUCAUGAGUCUGUGGCUGAAACACUGAUUAAGACGCAGGGCACUGCUUUUCAGAUUUGGUUUUUAUUGGUGACAGAGGGCCAGACAUAAAAACUUUCCUCUAGACCUGUUUUAAUACUCAAGUCUUUAGGAAAGUUUUUAUACGUCCUUAUUUUCUGGCAUUUUGAAGGAUAAGUUAGCAGAGUGGUGACUUAUUCUGUGGAAUUUGUAUUUUUUACGUGAAAUAUUAAAGAUACAGUCCCUCCAACCUUAAAAAAUGUAAAUAAUUUCAACCUGUGGAGCUCAGUUAUUGCUUUAGCUGGUUAAUUUUGGAGUUAUCAGUUGCUAUCAGGCCAAGGGGGAAAAAAAAUUAAAUAAAUAAAAAAUUCACACACAUUUUGCAAGCAGGAACUAUUUUCUCUUUUACCAAAAUACAGCCACCGUCCAUAUUACUCAGCAGAAGAAAGCACGUUGAGAGUGAUAAGGUGUCGUGUUGCACAUUAGCCAUUCAGCCAAGCUUUCCUUUUAAUGGAUAGAUGUGGGUGGCAGAAAGGAAAAAAAAAAGAAAGUCUCCAUGAUUUAGUAGCUCAUCCGGUUCAUGCUCAGUGGAAAGUCACAGGUUAAGUAAUUUAAGAAGUCCAUAAAGAAAGUGGUAAGUUUUGUUGUCAUUGGUUACCCAAACCCUCAUAUCAGGACAAAUAAAUCAUCAUUAAAGUUUGACCAAUUUUCUAGGAGGACUGACCGAUGGAUGAUGGACACCUCGCUCUCAUUUAAGCCUGAUAGUAACAAUCUGAUAUUGUUUACAUGAUAUUGUUUACAGUAAAGUUUCUUAAGCUUUUUGAGUAGCUGGGUCCUGAUUUCUUAUGUGAACACCAAAAGACAUUUCUAUAGCCAACAUCUCCAAAACUGGAAACUUACUCAAAAAACAAUUUAGAUAAAUAAACAGCAGUAAAAGCCAUAGAAAAAUAUGCAAAGUAUCUAACACAAGGAAGAAUCUGGUUUAUAGUAAAUUCCUGUUUUUUUAUUUUUUUAGGUUUUUCAUUGAUGUAUAUUGAUUGCCUCUCCUUUCAUGCACAGGACAAAGCUAAAUCAAUGUGAUGAAGAGCAUGCUUCCCCAAAGGAGUGCUGUCGCCACACUGGGCUACAGCUCAGACUGUGUGAAGAUUGAGCACAGCAGUGGCAGCUCAGUGGCUGGCACGAUGCUGAGGGGCUCCCGUUCGAAAGCCGAGCUACAGGAACUCAUGGAGACGCUGCAGCGCAGGAAGAGCGCUCUGGAGGCUAGUCUGAGGGCAGCAGAGUGCAGCCGCAAGUACUUGAGUACAUCUGUAGGAACCCAGCCCACCAGGCCGCUGUCGAUCCUCAGUAACACAGAUCGUCCCCCUUCUGCCGCUAGAAACAUCUCUUACAUGACCAGCAACAGCGUGCCGCCGUCACCUCGCCAAGGUGAUCGCCAGCUAAGCUCUAAUGGCUUGCUCCGUCACUCCCAGGCUCGCCACCAAUCCCAAGACAGCUUGCUUCUCUCAAAUGGAAGCUCUAUGGUCUCCCCUUAUGGGGAGUCCAUACCACGUUCUCCCAGGGUCAAAAGCGGAGCAGCCAGUAUGCCAUCCAGCCCCAGAAUGACCCGCAGGCUCUACUCACAGGGCAAAGCUUCAGGAGACUCCCGUCAGAGGAAGUACUCCACGGGCUCCCUCAACAGCCUGGGUAUGCACAGCCGUUCUCUGCCACGGCUUCACAAUGCAGCAGAUCCACCUGCUCUGUCACUGCCGUUACGCCACUCAGUAGGUUCCCACCGAGUGGUCUCUGCAGGAAACCGGCGCAGUCUCUCCUCUCUGGAGCAGCCUCCAGAUGUGACAGUACCAGCCAGCAUGCCCAGCACACCCAGGAGGGCUAGCCUGGCCUCUCUGAGCUCUAUGGGAGUAGAGAUUGAUGGGACGGGGUUAGAUCUGGGCAUCGGAGAGAGGAGGUUGUCCUUUGGGAAGAGUGGUUUGAGUCCGGGACAACGGGUGGGCAGCAUCACCUCUCUGAAUGGCAAAGAGGAGCUCAAAGACUACCACCAGCAUCAGAGAGAUGAGCGACUCAGGGAGCAGAAAGUGCAGAGAUUAGAAUGCCAGCGUCUAGAGACCAUCUUAAACCUGUGCACUGAGUUGGGACAGGUAACGAGAGAGCCAGCGGGAUCAGCUGUUUCUGACCUGCAGAAGAUCAAUAAGGAGCUGGAGAAGCUGCAGGUGUCGGACGAUGACUCAGUGUUCUCCGACUCUCCGAGCAGCACAGCUCAAGAGAGCUGCUUUGGAGCCAAAGCCAGAGACUUCCAACUCUCUGAGGAGCAGCAGGCCAGCCAGCGUCAGCAGAGCGGCUAUAGAGAGGCCAGAUCCCACUCACCUGCUAUCAGUCUCAACAGCAGUGCACCCUCGCCUUCUAUGCAUCACAGAGCCAAAGCUUUGGAGAGCGUGCAGCUGAAACAGGAAGUAACGCACAUAGAGGAAGAAAGAAUCCAAGUUUUGAAUAACAUAGAAGAGCUCGAGCAGAAGAUCAAAGACCUGGACAACCAGAUGGAGGAGUCUCUUCGAGAGAUGGAGGUGGAGUGUGCUCUGCUGGAAGGAGAACAAGAGUCGGAGAUGGCCCAGCUGCAGAGGGAUAAGGAGCUUCUGGAGCAGCUCAAGGGAAAAAUUCACAAUGUUGAGAAAAUGAACCACACUGAGAAGUCACAGGAGACUGAGGAGCAGUCAAAAAGUUUGGAGGACUUGGAGUUUCAGAAGCUGGAGAGAGAAAUUAAGCAGGACGAGGAAAAAGAGAAUCAGGGCCAAGAGCUGCUGCGAGAGAUCGCAGACUGUCAGCGCCUUACUGUCACCCGCAAGGAAAGACUCAUGACGCUCAAGAAACAGUCAUCUCAGAUUACUUUACAGGCUCAGCAGGAACGGGAGAAUUUCCAGAGAGAGAAGAACAAUUUGCUCGUCAUGCUUCAGAAGGAGAGAGAGAGAUUGGUGUCUUUGGAAGGAAAGUAUGCAGAGCUGUCUGAGGGGCAGACCUUCGCUAACAAUCCUGUGGCCUUCAAAGAGCACUUGCACACUCUGAAGGAAAGACGGAGAAGCAGCAAGGAAAAUUCAUCACAUCCAAAUGACAGUCAACCUCAUAAAAGGAGCCAGCAGCUGCUCACCACUUAUGGCAGAUCCCUCGGACGCACGCUUCCUCCAAAGCCUCACCUUCCUUUGUCCCAAAGCUCAAGCUGUGGCAGUGUCAUCCCACAAGGCUUCUGCUUCUCCCCUCGGGAGGUGAACCUUCGCCGCUUGCCCAAGACAGGCAACAGCCACGCACAUAUAAAUGAAGACAGGCAAAGACAGAGUGAUUUUUGCAACAGGUUGGUCUCUGAGCCCAACGUCUUCCUGGACUCUUUCUCUUACCCGGACAACAGCCAGACGUCAGACACCAUCAGCGUGGACAGCUCUGACAGCCUGGAAACCAGCUUCUCUGCCUGCUCCCCAGACAACAUCUCAAGUGCCAGUACCUCCAAUAUGGCAAAGAUUGAAGAGAUGGAGCGUUUGCUCCGCGAGGCCCAGGCCGAGAAGCUGAGACUCCUCGAGCAUCGAGUGCAGGAGCGGGAGAUGGAGAUACGCAGGCAGGCUCUGGAGGAGGAGAGGAGAAGAAGAGAGGAACUGGAGAAACGGCUGCAGGAGGAAACAAGCAGGAGACAGAAGCUUGUGGAGAGAGAGGUGAAGCUCAGAGAGAAGCAGAGAUCACAGUCCCGACUGUUGACAAGAUACCACCCAGUAAGAAAAGACGACUUUGAUCUUCACGGCCACAUUGAAGCAGCCGGACACAACCCAGACGCCUGCUUCCAUCUGGCCAUCACUGACAAAACCUGUCGCGGGUUCCUCGUCAAAAUGGGAGGAAAGAUCAAGACGUGGAAGAAGCGCUGGUUUGUCUUUGACCACAAUCGCAGGACACUCACUUACUAUGCAGACAAACACGAGACCAAGAUGAAAGGCGUCAUUUACUUCCAAGCCAUAGAGGAGGUGUACUAUGACCAUUUAAAGAAUGCACACAAAAGCCCCAACCCCUCGCUGACCUUCAGUGUGAAGACCCACGAUCGGGUGUACUACAUGGUGGCUCCGUCCCCUGAAGCCAUGCGUAUCUGGAUGGAUGUUAUUGUAACCGGUGCUGAAGGACACAUGCACUUCAUGGUCUAACAGAGCUACAAUUAUUGUUUGCUAGGUUACCUAAAAAAAAUAUAAGCUUCAGUUUACACUUGAAGUUGUCUACAAAUGAGCUUGAGCAUAACUUCUGCUCAAAUACAGACUUUGUAAUGUAAUCUUGUAUAAGUAGAUCAAAAGAAGUGGCAUGAUAGUUUCAUAAUCAAGCUGUUUACUUCUUUCAGCACUUAAAACUGUAGCUGUUGCAUUUUCCAGUUUUUCUUUCCGCAGUACGCUCUUCCUGUUUAAUCAGCUACCCUUCUAAACUGCGGUACACCCUAAUGCUGCUUCACUACAGAUGUAUGGCUGUCCAACAGCUUCCUGUAAACUGUGGCCACCUCUUGCUUUCUUCCACCUGCAGUCUGGUUGCACUCGCCUUUAGGCAGACUGAAAUUUUUUUCCUCUGAUGUAUUACUUCGAUAUCGUCACUAAUAUUCAAUUAUUAGCAUACUGCAUUUUAAAGUCAGUCACUUUGAAUGCUGCUGCCAGCGUAAGCUCACUUAUGCUUACGUGUGGGUCACUUCCAUUUAAACGAACAAACCAUUUUUCUUCACACAUGCAAAUUAAAUUUGUGAAGGAUUAUCGUACGCACUUUGUGACUUUAUUGUUUUAAGUUAUUAGCAAUUUUAGGCAAAUAUUUGACUCCUAGAGGCAGAAAAUGACCACAGUGCAGUUAGAUUCCUCUGUCUGUAGCUGUGGCUGCAGGCCUGACGUGAAUGAAGCCAUGUCGUGCAGCGGUGAUGCUGUAUGUGCUGCAUCACCCACGUUCCUCACACCUUUCAUAUCUGCAUUUUCACCAGCAGAGGUCCUCAGCGAGCCCUCAGACUGGAAUGACGUAAUCUGCUCUGGCCAAAGUCACUUAGUAUAUAUGAGUAAUUAUUGAAAGCUUUAAUAAUCUACAUGUUCAAUCUAAUCUGUUUACUUGUAAAGCCUAGUUUAUCGUGCUAAAACAAAUGACAGAUUUUUUUAAUGUGUUUAAUAUUUGACGUAUUCUCUGGCUGUGUUUGAUAAUCAAAGAUCACUGUCACACCAGGUGACGAGCUGUCGGGUUACAGACUGCAGGGCUCACUGUAGAGUGCAGAUCAGGCUGCAGAGCUGACAGUGUUGCAGGUGAAGUUGUUGCUUUUUUGGUUGAUGUCUCUCUGUGACCAGAGGCGUUUGCCAGGUAAACAUCUCAUCCUUGUGCUGUUGUGCACUGUGUGAAACAUAAGCCUUGAAACCCCCGAAAUUACUGCAUUUAUAUAUACAUAUAUAU